AUGGGCUGCAUUUCAGACAAAGCUAAAAGCACUGUCAAAAUUCAAAAUAAUAAUUUAGAAGAGGUCUAAUAAAAACAGAGAAGUAACAGUGUUGAGCAAGAUGAAGAAGAAGCUGCUUUAAAACUUUUAUAUAUGUCCUAAAGUUUCCAUUAAUAUAAGAUCUAGAAUAAUCAAAAGUACAAAUCUCAGAAUUCCCAAUCUGAGCUAGAAAAAUAAAAAAUCCUUAAUUCAAAAUCUUUAAUAAAUCCAGAAAAUAACUAAACAAUUCAAAACGCUUUAAUGAAAAUAAAACACAAAAAAGGGCAGUCAAAGGGAUCAACUGUAAUGAGAACUUAAAAGAAGAGGAUACUGGAGAUUAUGGAAAUUGAUGACCAGGGCUAAAUCAAAAUAGACAAUGAUAACUAGAUCCUUGCUGCAUUGUAAAGAUAAACUUUAGGCAAAAGACGUUAUAAGGGGAAAACAGCAACUAUAAGAUUAAUUCAAUAAUUGUAGCAAGCUAAGUUCACUAUAAACAGAAAUAGACUGCAAGUAGUUGUAGAAGAAUGUACGGAAGAGGAUGGGCGUUCCGAUCAUGAAGAAUAUAAUGAAUCUGAUAAGUUUGAAAAUUCUACGGUGUAUUCAGCUAACACGGCAAGCCAUUACUCAUUAGACUAGCAAGAAGCAAAAUGCUUAUUGCAAGCAGCUUUACAGAUGCAAGUCUAGAAAGUUUCAUAAGGAUCGCUUAAUGACGAUGAAAAACUUUAAUACAAUACAAUCAAUCUGCUCAAUAAGGGAAGCUCUCUUCAUUUAAAAAGAGAUCCCCUCUUCAACAAUGAUUUUAGCAUUUAAUCUGAUUUAAGAGGAUUUGAACCUAAGAAGCAAAUCUCCCUCACACCAAAUAAUAGUUGA